CGGGACUCAGGCUGCCAGUAUAAGGCAGGGGCGCCACUGUCCCAGCCAGAGUGCUGAAGCUGGCGCCCCAUCCGGGACCGGGAGGCAGCCGGCACUGAACUUGAAAUUCAUGACCCAGAGUGACUGGAGAAGGAAGGAAAGGAGCACUUCUUGCCACUGCUCCCAGCCCUAGCCUCGGAGGAUGCGGCUCCUCGGGAAACUGCGCGCCUCCGCUCCGGAGCCCGCUUUCACCAACGUGCUCACCCCGGCCCGCAUCCCCGAGUUCUGCAUCCCGCCGCGGCUGCCCGCGCCCUGCGUACCCGAAUCUCCGCCUCCGGCCGCGGCUCUGCCCCAGCGCUGCGCCGCCGAGCCGGACCUGUGGCCCCGAGGAGCAGACGAUGCCGCCGGGCACACGGACUGGGACCCGCGCUCGCAGGCCGCGCUCUCGCUGCCGCACCUGCCGCGCGCGCGCACCGCCUACGGUUUCUGCGCGCUGCUCGAGAGCCCGCACACUCGCCGCAAGGAGUCGCUCUUCCUCGGGAGCCCCGGGGCCGCCCCGCUCCUGCCCCCGGGCGCAGCCCCCGCCCCCGCCCCCGCGCUCCCCGCCGGCCCCCGCCCGAUCCCGGACGCGCCCGCCCCGCCGCCCGGCGCCCACCGCCUCCUGCGCGCCCCCGAAGGACUGCUGAGCCGCGCGCUGCGGGCCCGCAGGAGCCGCGGCCUGGCGCGCGCCCGUUGCGCGUCCAGUCGGGAUGAGGACGAGCAGCGCGGCGCCGGCUCGCGGCCCCCGGCCCGGGCCCCUUCCGCGUCCCCGCCGCCGCCGCCUGCCUCCGACCCGGGGCCCGAGUGCCUGGAGGCCGAGGGCACCGUGGCCCUGGGCGGCGCCGGGGGGGCCCUGCGCCUGGCCGCCCAGUACAGUCGGGCCAGCGGGCGGCUCCGCGUCCGGCUGCUGGGCGCCCAGGGCCUGGCCGCGGGAACCGCCGAGCCCCGCGCCGUCGGCUGCCGCGUCAGCUUCGUCCUGCGGCCGCCGGGCAAGACGCGGCCGCAGCGCAGCGCCGUGGUGCGGCCGAGCCGCAAGGCCGCCUUCGACCAGGACGUGUGCCUGGACGGGCUCUCGGAGGACCAGGUGCGCCGCCUGGCCGUGCGCGUCAAGGCGGAGAAGCGGGGCCGCGGCCGGGAGCGGGGCCGCCUGCUGGGCCAGGGCGAGCUGCUGCUGGGCUCCCUGCUGCUCCCCUGAGGGCGCCCGGGCCUCGGGCCGUCUGUCCCCUCGGGGCGCUCUCCGCCCGCUGGGAACUCGGACACGGACAGCCGCUCCGUACAAAAU